AUGAUUCUUGCAGAGAUGAUUUAUUUGGCUUUCAGAAUAUAUAGAUUUGUUAGGGUUAAUAUAGCGAGCAGAGGAGAUAUUUUAAAUAUGCUGAGUAUGUGCCUCAGGGGUUACCGUAUCCUUAACGGCCGCCGUACGUCAAAGCGGCACAAUUUCCACUGGAAACAAAAAUGCGCACACAAAUUUAAAUUCCAGCGCCCGCCUCCCCCCCCCCAAGCUUUGUUGCGACUACUGGGGGCCUGGGGUCGUGAGUUCCAGUAUCAUUAUGGCAGCCAAGGAAAAAUGAAAUGUUCAUAUUGUGGUGGCACAGUAACCAACGACAACUGUCAGAAUGUUUGUGAAGAAUGUGGUUGCAUUCAAGAUACAAACUAUCUUGUUGGUGAGGACGGACAGCAAACAUUGGCUAGCACAUUUGCAAAGUUUGGAAAUGAUUACAAGGGUCGUGCCUAUGCAAUAUUUAAAACUUUAUUUAACCAUUGCACACUUGUUCUGGAAACACCAACUAAUAUCAUAAGAGAAGCAGAACUGUUACUUCCAAAGUUAUGGGAUGAUAUUAAGUCGAAACAUUAUCGCAACAAACAUAAGAUGAUUUUAGCGUUGUUGUUUUUGUUGUACCGGAAAAAUAAUCUUCCAAUGAUUUCACGAAGGUUUCUUGGGAAAGCCCAUGUUUGGUAUCCUACUUUUGGAAAAGCUAUUCAGUAUAUAAGAGAACUUUUUACUCUUCCUGAUCAUUUCGAUGUAGAUUUAAAGGAAAUGAUCAGAAAUGAGGUUUCUGAAUUAGUCAAGGUUGUUUUCAAAGAAUCAAAUCCUUCAUUGGUACAAAAAGCAGAGCCUGUUGCUCUUCACUUAGCUAAUGUUGUACAUGAUCAAGAGUGGGAAAAUAAAGCAUCAAAGCUGUAUGUCUCUCAUGUGGCUUGUGCUGUGACUAUUCUGGCUGCGCAGUAUGCCUGCAGUAGUUUGACAAGCCGAAAAACUAAAGCUGGUGACAGGGCUAGUUUUCGCUUUCGUACCAUUAACCUUACUAAAGUUUGUGAACAUGGUUGCGCACAUGUGCGAAUGGUCAGAAAAGUAAUGAAAAAUAUCCAAACGAGAUUGUUUGCAAUAAUGAAGGACUUGCCAUGUAAGCUUGGUAAUGUGACAACUUGCAAACAUGUUCCAAGUAUAUUAAAGGAGCUUUUGGAGCAUGCUGAUUUGAGUGUAGAAAGUGACAAUGUCAAAGAUUGUGACUAUCCUGAUUUUGAAGUGCGUUCAGAAAUGAAGUUAACUCUUCUGAGGGCUUUAUCAAAGUGUAUCCUUAAACACCCUUUGACUUUGGAAACUUCACACAACUGGGUUCAAACUAGCAUGUUUAGGAAUAUGUUGCUCGAUGAACUUUUAAAUACAAAUAAUGACUCAAAUGAACAACACUUGGUUGAAGUUCUGGAUGGUGGCCAUCUUGUUGUCAGCGGAUGCCAAUUUAUGUUUGGACAGUUAGAACUAUUGAGAGAAUUACUCAUGAAGGGAGGUACGUUGGAAGAAGUUAUGAAUAACGAUUCACUUUCAUUGGUGCAGAAAUAUUUAGACAGCACUGUAUCAGAUGAUGAAGAGUUAGAGGAAAUGAGUGACAAUGAAUCAUCUUUGUAUUUAAAAGAUGUUGAAUCAUUGAAGGAACUGAACAAAGAUUAAAAUUUUGUGUGUUUUAUUUUAUUUGUGUUCCUAUUUUUUUUUAAUUCAUGUUUAUGGCAAAGGGACAUGUAUGGCUCCACAUUUCUUUUUGUUGUUAAUUAAAUUUUAUAACUUAUUUCUCUUCAAAUUGUAAUAAUUUAUUAUUCCUAAAAUUGACAAUAUAACAAUG